GGAAAUCUAACUAUAGAAUUAGACUGCGAUUGCGAAUUUUGGCGUUAGAAAACCAGUUUUUUGUAAUAUGUAGGUAAGCAUUCAGCUGCACAUGUUUUAACUUGCCAACACAUGACGAUGUGUAAACAUAUGGACUAUAUAAUAAACAGCAACAUAGCAGUGAGACAUUAACUAGUUCUCACAAUGGCGUCUGUUGCAAAGGAUUUUCACCGGCUCUUAAAAAGAGUCGGCAAACUGACGGAUGGACAGGCAACUAUAAUAGAUAUAGACUGGGAUGAAGGACUUCUUCAGAAAUUUCAUGUGAUCCUCCAGCCAAAUGCUGGAUUGUACAAAAAUGGGAAAUUUAAGUUUGAGAUUAAACUGACCCAAGAUUAUCCAGAUUUACCCCCAGAGGUUUGGUGUUACACAGAUAUAUACCAUCCUAAUAUUGACCCAACAGAGGAUUGUUACUGUGAAACGUCAACAAACGUGUGUCUGAACGUGCUGGAGAAUGGUGUAUGGAGCAGAUCGUUUGGUCUGGAAGGAGCCAUUCUUGGUUUAUUAUUUCUGAUGCAUAACCCUAAUCUCUCAGACCCAUUGUCACCUUAUUUUGAAGGAUCUGAUAACGAAGAAUCAUUUGCAGAAAAUGUUAAAAAAUAUAUGGCCGGCGAAGAGUUUGACGGUAUUAGCUUUGAAACAGAUUUUUGUGUAAAAGAUGGCAUUUUAAUAACAGAACAGAGGACAUUGAUAUCGGAAACAAAAGAUGAGUCAGUUAAUAUGGCAGAGGGACAAAAAGAAGAUCUAAAAAUAGUAAAUGAUGUCAUACCGGUACUCAAUACGGAAAGUAUUAACGAUGAUGGGAGAGCCGCAGAGGAAUCAAAACAUUUUGUACUGAUUAGUUCUGUUAAUGGUGCCACCAAUGACCUACAGGAAGAAACCAACAAGUGUGCUUUAAGUGAGCAAGAUAUUAUAAAAGAAAACAAUUCUGAAAUAUUUGAUAAGGAAUUGGAUAGCAAACCCAAUUCAGAAACAGACAAGAAUACAGACGGUUUAGACGAUCCUGCAACUGGUGAAAAAUGCAAUGAUGACGAAUGCAGCAAGUGUGACAUUGAACUAGUCAAUAUAGAUGGCGAAUGUGUUCUUUUGAUAAAUAGUUCUACACAAGAAACAAACAGCACGACAGAAACACCUACUACAAGUGAUUCAGCAUCUAUCGAUACCAAUACAGCAGGCGACGAUAACGUCGGCACACAGGAAAAUACUGAAAUUAAAACUGAAACAGGCAUUUUGUGCAAUGAUGAAAACAUUGCAAAAGAUGGUUCAUAUUUAGAUACUAUUGCUGUACCAUUUGAAACAAUCGCUUCGUGCAAUACAGAUAAUACUGUCAAAGUAGAUCUAGAUUUAGAUGCUACUAAUGUAAAAACUGAAUGCAUUGCUGAAGCUAGCCUUAAAGAGGAUUAUGAAGACAGUGAUAUUAAUGAUAUGACUGCAGUUUUAAAUCCUCCUCUUCAGUUAAAUUGCAAACAACAUUACCUUGACGGUGAUAGUCUUUCAAACGAGGUUAAAUGUGGCUGUGGGACUUGGUAUACGAUCAGGUCUGCUUUUAGUAAACUAGUGUAUACACUUGGCCACAAUAAAUUGUACAGAGAUAUUGGUAUAUAAAAUGUGUUCAGUAUAUUAGCAAUGUAUACCUCUACAUUUUAAAUUGAUUAUGAUAUAAUAAUAAUCAUCUUGCGUUUCUGUAUAGAUGUUAAAUUUUUAUUUGACAUGUCUAUAUUGUCAACAAUAUAUUUCUUAUAUACAUGUAUGUAAAGAUUAUUGAAACUCAGUGCUUAAUGUGUACUUUUCUUUUUUAUCAUUGUUUAAAAAGAAUAAAUGAGCAUGCAUAAGUAUGGCAUGUCAAACGUUGCUAAAUUACAUAUGUAUGUUAUUAUUAUUGUAGGUUUGUUAUUGUUAUUCAAUGUUGUGUAAUUCAUAUUCUAAGUGUUACCAUUGUUAUUCUAUACGUAUUUAUUCUUAUUGUAUGUUCGAUAUUCUUAUUGUAAAAGACGUUAUUUUUGUUGUAUAUUCAUUAUUGUUUUUGUAAGCUUGAUAUUCUUAUUGUAUGUGCGAUUUCCCGCGAUAUAAGUAGCACAGCGACGCUAUACAAAUACAAUCACAUAACAUAGAAUAAGAAAAGAACAGAACAGAACAGAACAUGAUCUUUAUUACACCCAAGUAAUUAUACAAUAUGGGGAUUAAACAUAAUGACAGUACAUAAUAGCAUGUUUACAUGAACUUCCGACAGGCAAAUAUUAUUUUGUUGUUGGGGGAAAUCAUGAAUGUAUCAGAAAUUUUAUACAUCUAGUAGAAAUCAGUAUUUAAAAGUUGUAUUUAUAGUUUACAAACAUUAAUUUAAAUUGUAGGCAAAAAAAACAA